AUGGAAGCGACGUUUUGGGGUCCCAUUACCGCUACUUUAGAUUGGUGUGAGGAAAAUUACAAAGUUUUUCCGUACAUUGCCGAGUUUGUGAAUACUACAACGAAUCUUAUAUUUGCCUUCUUUGCUGGUUUUGGUGUUUAUACGAUAUUAAAAUAUCGUCUGGAUAAACGCUUUAUUCUGGCUCAUGCUGCGUUGGCGCUUGUCAGCUUUGGAUCGUGGUGUUUCCACAUGACUUUGUUAUACGAAUUUCAGUUGUUAGAUGAAUUGCCAAUGAUCUACGCGUCGAGUAUUUUGGUGUAUAACGUGUAA